AUAAAAGUUAUGAUUAGAAAUUUAUUCAUUGUACAAUUUAUACACAUAAUUUGGCUAAAUAUACUGAUUGACUAUAUUAUCCACAUGAUCUAGUAAUUGCUAAUCUUUUUUUAGACAUUAUACCAAUCGUUAAUAUAUCAGGUAUACAUCAACAAUGUCAUAAUAGAAUGAAAUCACUUUUAGAUAUGCUUUAAAUCUAUUUCAAUCAAGACAACGUCCAUUCUGACCAUUGAUUUUUAUUUGAAUGUUUUUUUUUAAUCUAAACUAUAUCGAUGCCUAUUAACCUUUUGGAUUUUAAUUCAAUAUGAAGCAUGAUUUCAAAAAAAACAACUAUUGUAAAUAUUUAUUUUUCUCUUUAGACGAUUUGAAACAUUCAGAUGAGUUUAAACAACAAUUUUGUUCAUUAUUUAAUAUUGAAGAUCUUAAUGAUGCUAUUCAAGUUGUAAUCGAUGUUGAAAAUGAGCAAUCAGCAAAAGAAAUACUUGAUUUUUAUAGUCAUUCAAUUGAUCUUAUUCAACAUUAUUUAUUAACAAAUCAAUAUAUGUCUGAAAAUCGAUCAAAUCAUUUUCAAUCAAUCUUCUCUCAAAUGAGUUUUAUUUCAGUGGAUUUAAUUUGUUUAUUAUAUCGAUAUAAAGAGAGUAUAAUACGAAAAUCGUCAUCAUCUUCUGUUCUUGAUAGUUAUAUUGAUGAAUUAGCAAGAAAAUUUUAUAUUUUACAUAAAUAUGAAAAAUCUGAGAAUCGUUAUAUUGGCACAAUGGUUAAUUAUCUUGUUCAGGAUGAAACAAAUCGCUUAAAACUUUCAAAAUAUAUUCAAAAUCUUUUUAAAAUUUACCAAGACAACGGUUUAGAUGGCUUAAAUACACAAAGAGAAAAUUUUUCAGAGCAACAAUUAUCAAAAUGGAUUAUUCCCCAGAUUACUAAAGAUGAACCGAUUGUUCAGACUAAUGAUCAAAAUGAAGAUGAAGUUAAUAGUAAUGAAUCUAUCGUUGUUUCAUCAGAAAUGUUAAAAAAUUUAUUGAAUGAAUCCGCUUGGACAUUGCCCAACGCAAAUCUAAAUGUACCAAGAGAUCCAAAUCAAUCGAAAACAUUGACCUGUUUUCCAGCCAAACCUGGUUAA